AACUAGCAAUUGCAUAGCUAAUAUAACAACUCUUUCACUAUUGUUUAAAGUACCUAUGGAGCGCUUUAACUACUACUAAAACCUCCAAUCAAUUUCCUUCUGUCUUACUGUCUGCCCUCUUACAUUCUGUAAAUUUCUAUGUCCUCAUUCUCCUGCAUUUCUAUCAGUCAUAGUCAAAUGCUUUGCUUCUACCCUGUCAUUACUGUUCUUCAUGUCACUGAACUUUUGCCUAUUUCCCAUUUCCUUCUAAUUCCUUUUGUUUUUUCCCUUCCAGCUCUGAGCCUUUCCCGUUUACUUGUCUCUUGCUAUUGUUUCUCACAGCCUUUCCUUCAUUCUUUGUCAUUCCUUCCUUUCCCCUUUUUCUUCCGCCCCUCACCAUUUUAGAUACUUUCUGCUCCCUAUAACAUUACAACACACACUGAAAAUACAGAUUUAGUGCAUCAGAUUUGUUUAAUAUGUAUUUCAUGGAUCAGCAGGACCUGCCUGACCUGAAACCAACUUUUUCUCAAAACAAGCUGACCCAAUCCUGCGAUGGGGUGAUUUUGAAAGCAACUAUGAUUAAAAAAUCUCAACAAAAGAAAAGAACAUCACCAUGCAACUACAAGGAGAGGUUUUUUGUAUUGGACACACAAGAUCUGAAGUAUUCUGAACGCCGUCCCGGGAAAAAGCCCAUGCUGAAAGGUUGCAUCGAGCUGUCCAGAAUCAAGUGUGUGGAGAUCGUGUGUACUGAGGUCCCCAUACCAUGCAACUAUAAGUACCCUUUUCAGGUUUUUCAUGACAACUAUUACCUCUACAUUUUUGCUCCAGACAAUGAUUGCCGUCAGAGAUGGGUCAGAGCUCUCAAAGAGGAGACAAAGCAUAACAAUUUGGUUGCAAAAUACCACCCAAACUUCUGGAUGGAUGGAAAAUGGAGAUGCUGCCAACAAACAGAGAAGCUGGCGCCAGGUUGCCACGUAUAUGACCCUGUGGGCUAUGCUUCUAAAAAGCCACUUCCUCAACUCCCGGAUCCAGAGAUAGGGCCACACGAUGCAGGACAGAGGAUGGUCAUCGCUCUGCAAGACUACAAGCCGGACGGAGACGACGACUUGCCUCUUCACAAAGACCAGGAGUAUAACCUCAUUAACAGCUCCAACUCUGACUGGUGGACCGUAGAGGAUGACAAGGGGAACAAGGGGUUUGUACCCAGUAUUUACGUAGCUGAAAAAUCUGGCAACAACUACGGGAGAUUUAAAUGGUACAAUAAAAAUAUAACCAGAGGGGAUGCAGAAGACUUGCUGAUGAAAGAGGGGAAAGAAGGUGCAUUCAUGGUGCGUGACUCGAGACAGGCGGGUGUCUACACAGUGUCGGUCUUCACCAAAGCACCGGGGUCUAACGGGGAGAAGAAUCCAAGAGUGAAACAUUACCAGAUCAGACAAACAGAAAAGGGAGAGGCCAAAUUUUACCUGGCAGAGAAAUACCUGUUCAGCACCAUUCCAGAGCUCAUCCAUUACCAUCAACACAAUGCUGCUGGCCUGAUAACGCGUUUGAGACACCCUAUCUCCCAAGACGGAGGCCGCUCCCGGGACACUGUUGACCCCUCAAAAGAUCAGUGGGAGGUGGACCCCGAGGAGCUGAUCUUGGGUGAGGAGUUAGGCAGCGGCCAGUUUGGGCUGGUGCUGGAAGGGAGAUGGAGGCAGAGGAAGGUGGCCGUGAAGAUGAUAAGAGAAGAGUGUAUGUCAGACGAGGAAUUUAAAGAAGAGGCGAGAGUCAUGAUGAGAUUGUCCCAUAAUAAGCUAGUUCAGCUCUAUGGUGUGUGCACCCAGCGUUCUCCCAUGUGUCUGGUGUCUGAGUUCAUGGAUAACGGCUGUCUGUCGGACUAUCUACAAGCCAGGAAAGGACGCCUGUCUCAGGACACAAUGUUGGGGAUGUGUCUGGAUGUCAGUGAGGGGAUGGCUUACCUGGAGAGCUCCAACUUCAUCCACAGAGAUCUGGCUGCCAGGAACUGUCUGGUCUCAAAGAACGAUGAGGUGAAGAUAUCUGACUUUGGUAUGACCAGAUAUGUGCUUGAUGAUCAGUACACAAGCUCCCAGUGCUCCAAGUUCCCUGUCAAGUGGUCGGCCCCAGAGGUCAUCAAAUACUGCAAGUUCAGCAGCAAGUCCGACAUCUGGUCAUUCGAUCCCAUCUACAGCUUUCACAGGAAAACACUUUCGUCGACUGGCUGACUACACAUCAAAAUCACCCAUGCUUCCCUGAUAGCACACUUAUUCUAAGUUUCUUCGCUACAGUGAACUAAAGCAGAAGCUCAACAAGACCACAAUGACUUGGCGCAAUUUUCCAGUGAGGGUCUCGGGACACAUUUUAUGCCAAGCACACAAAGCAAAAGAUUGUGUUGAAAAUAAUGUUGUGGAAAACCCAGGAGUUACAGAAGCAAUUUUUAAGGCGUGCAUUUUUAUAAGAUCUGAAGAAAAAUGAACGGCAGUGUAAAGGCAUUGGGCCUUUAAAAUUUGAUAUAUUUAAUUGAUUUAUUCAUUACGUGUGUGUGUAUUUAUGCCAACGGCUGUUAACCACUGGUAGCCCUUUUCAUGAUGCAAUGCCAUCUAGUGGAUUUGCAGUAAUAGUUUUUGGAAGAAGUUAACACUGUUAGGACCAUCGCCAAAACAGGCAGCAGCAUUUGGACAGUUCCCUGGGACAACAUGCUGUGUUCAGAAGUUAGGACUUGCUUGUAUCCAACUGGUGCAGGUUUUUGUGUUGAAAUAAAUGUGUUUAAUUACAACUUAUAAAGCUGUGAAUAUUUAAAAACGUUAAUACUAAACUGUAAGUGACAGCUCUGGAGGUUAUACAGCAUGUGUAAAAAUUUGCUACAAAAAUAACAAUAAUCUUAUUAGCCGUUUAUAAUUGAAUCAACAGUCACUCCUCUUUCUUUGGAUGAUGCCUGUCAUUAUCAUUCAAAACAUAUGCAAAAGAGAUAACAUGGAACAACCACCAACAUGAAAAUGAUUAACCAGAGACACCAGAAUUGGUUUUGGUUUGUCCUCCUCACUUGAAUGGUUUAACUGACCAACAGUCAGUCUCUCUGUAUGUGUGUUUGCUCUGUAACAAUCUGAGUCUCGCCGUUCACCCCUGCUCAGGCGUGCUCAUGUGGGAGGUGUAUAAUGAGGGCCGUCUUCCUUACGAGAACCGCUCAAAUGUUGAGGUGGUGGAGUCCCUGAACUCAGGCCUGCGGCUCCUGAAGCCACGCCUGGCCCCAGACGCUGUCCACCAGCUCAUGGAG